AAUAAGAAAGUGAGAGUGCAGAUUUGUCUCUUUGCUUCCAAAUUAAUAAAGGCAAAUUGAGGUGUGGGAAAGGAUAAAAGGGUGCAGCCACGAGCUUGAGAAAUGGAGUAGGAAACAUACGAUGGGAUUCCAAUCAAGAGUGGAUGCGUGCAAGCACAGAUUGGCAUACUUGCAAAGCGCGGGUGGGCGGGGAGGCCAGGCAGAAUUCCAUAGAGUGAAAACUACUUUAAUGGAGCUACUUCAUCAGAAAAAUACCUUUUGGAGACGGCCCACGAAGGAAUUUUGGCUAAAAGAAGGGGAUGUCAAACAGAGAAGAAUCAUCGGGGCAAUAUGAUUUUUGACUAUUUUACAGAGCUAUUUUCUUCAGGAGGAGGAAGUAUGGAGGUUGAUGUUCUACAGGGCUUAGCGACGGUCCCUCAGAAUUACAAUGACAUUUUAUUUCGCCCGAUAACAGAUCAAGAAGUUAAGAAAGCAGCCUUUGUUAUGCAUCCUGAGAAAGCGCCAGGUCCUGAUGGGCAUAAUCCGGGUUUCUUUCAGCACUACUGGAAUACAGUGGGUGCUGAUGUAGUGGGCAUUUUGCAAGAGAAUUUUUGAAACUAAAAGGAUAACGAGGGAGGUAAAUGCCACUAACAAAGAUAAACCGGUGAACUUGGGAGAGUGGUGAACCUAUAGCUCUAUGCUUGGUAAUUUAUAAAAUUUUUGCAAAAGUGAUGGCCAACCGCUUAAAAGGUAUUCUAAACUCUCUGGUCUCGGUCAAUCAAAGUGCUUUUCUACCAGAUCGAUCUAUUGUUGAUAUUAUUAUGGUUACAUUUGGGACUCAUUAUUAUCUUAAGUAAGCGCAAGACAAAAGGGAAGGAGGGGUUUGUGGCUCUCAAGCUUCACAUGAGUAAGGCUUACGAUAGAGUGAAAUGGAAAUUCUUAGCUAAUGUAUGUAUCCAAUGUGAACUACUUAGUUCCUUUUGAUAAUAGUGUGUUGGGACUGAUUACCCCUAAGCGUGGGCUACGUUUGGGGGAUCACUUAUCCCCUUAUUUAUUUAUUCUCGUGGCUGAAGAGCUAAGUCUAUUAUUCCGGUGAAAGGAGAGUAUGAGUAAAAUUCAUGGAAUAUAGUUUGCUAGGGGUGCUCGGAGGGUGUCACACCUAUUUCUUGCCGAUGAUAGCUUCCUCUUUUUCAGGGCAAAUGUGGAAGAAUGCAGUGAGAUGAAAGAAUUACUUAGCACCUAUGCGCUUGAAUCUGGACAAAAAAUUAAUUUCACAACAUCAGAUGUUUCUUUUUGCCGAAAUGUUCCUAAGCAAGUUAAAGCUAAUAUUUGCAAUUUGCUUGAUGUAGCUCGAGAGGGGGAUGAUAUCCGAUACUUAUGGCUGCCAACUUUAAUUAGCAGACGUAGGUCGGAAAUUUUGGCCUUUUUGAGGGAGCGUGUUCUGAAAAAAUUCAAAGCUGGAAUAACAAAUUUCCUUCAAAGGCGGGCAGAGAGGUGAUGCUAACAAAUGUGAUUCAAGCUAUCCCUUCCUAUGCUAUGAAUAUUUUUUUGUUACCUUUGGAUUUAUGUUCGGAAAUAGAAAGAACAAUGAAUGGCUACUGGUGAAAAGGUAAAGAAUGGACGCCGCAUGGGAUUUGAUGGAAAAGCUGGGUAUCCCAAAGCAAAAAGGGGGCUUAGGGUACAGAUCUUUGCAGGAGUUUAAUAUAGCCAUUUUGGGGAAGCUCGACAGUAAGUAGAAUUUUCAAAGCUAAGUACUUUCCAAAUUCAUAGUUUCUGAAUGUUAGGCUUGGAAAUAACCCUUCCUUUAUAUGGAGGAGUAUUUUGGAGGCUCAAGGGGUGGUAAGGGAAGGUACUCAUAGGAAAGUAGGCAAUGGGCAGAAUAUCUCUGUUUGGCAUGAUAACUGGGUGCCUUCAACGGGUGGUGGCAUAAUUUCUUCCCCAAAGACGAAGGGGGUAUAUGAUAUGAAUGUGGCGGCACUAAUUAAGGAGGAUAAAUCCAGGUGGAAUUAGGAGAGACUGAGUCAACUCUUUUCGGUAGAGGAGAAGGCGGCUAUUUGUAGUAUACCUAUUAAUCAUCAGGAUUGUGCAAAUGGGUUCUACUGGCUCGGUGAACCAAAAGGAACUUACUCCGUAAAAAGUGCAUAUAUGAAGUUGAAAGGAGAUCGUCGAGAAGGGUAUUGGUUGGGAUGGACCAAAAUGUGGGGCUAUUUUAUCUAACCUAAAAUGAAGCUUUUUUUCUGGCAAGUUAUGACCAAAGUGUUACCUACAACAGAGAAUUUAAGACGAAGAAGGGUGGAUGUUCCAAGCGAGUGCCAGGUAUGCAAUAGUGAGUCCGAGUCCACGUUGCAUUUUUCUAACAACUGCAGCAUCAUCACUGAGCUCUGGGCUAAGUUGGGGCUUAAUUUUCAGCAGCAAUACACUUCAAUGUCGGAGUGGGUACAAUUCGUUUUUGAUAGAUUGUCCGAGGAAAAGCUUUGUGUUUUGAUCUCCACGCUUUGGAGAAUUUGGAAGGCAAGGAAUGAUGUUGUUUGGAGGGGAGAUCAGUCUAAUUUUGAUCAAGUUAUUGCUGCAGGUGCUGCUACAAUGCAUAGAUGGAGGACGGCUCAGGAAGUUGAUGGGCAGCUGCCUCAGGCUAGGGAUGCUCGGCCAAGAUGGAGCAAACCGGCUAUGGGAGUAAUUAAGAUCAAUGUUGGAGCUUUGGAUGAUAGGAGAGGCACGAGGUCAUGGGGAUGGGUUGUUCGCGAUGACAAAGGUACCUUUUUUCAUGGUGGGAGCGAGACGUGGACAUAAUCUGGUCGGUCGAUACGACAGAAGAGUUGGGCGUGCGGGAGGCAAUAAAGUGGUCUAAGGAGAAAGGAUGGGCAAGAGCGGAAGUUCAGACAAACGCUCUUCUUGUUUAUUCCAAAAUAGGCGAAGAUAUGGGAGCUUCUUAUUUUGAUAAUAUUGUGGAGGAUGUUAGAUAGUUGCUUCACACUAAAAUUAAUUAUUCAGUCAGUUUUUGUAAACGUCCUGCGAAUGGAGUUGCUCACGCGAUAGCAAGGGCAGGCCUUUCUCACGAGGACGGUAGAGUUAUUUUUGAUGUAGCACUGAGCUGUACUGUAGCCUUUUGGCGAAUGAUUGUUGAAUUAAUGAGAGGAUGGCUUUUUACUUUAAAA